UAGCCGUUGCAGCGCUUGCAGAUCCGCCGUCUUGGUUUUUUUCCGGCCAACUUGUUUCCUUAAAUCACACGUUCUGCUGAAGAAAAAUGCUAAAUUUAUAAUAUUUUUAACAAUUUAUCGACACGAGCUAGUAUGCGAUUGGAGGGGAUAAAAUUUAUAAUUUGUUUGCAAUUUAUUGACAUGAAGAUCGGAUCGGAGGGUGUUAAAUUGUUAUUUUAAAGAUGAAUGCGACUGCAAUGGGUGAAAGAGAUGUAGAAAAUAAGAGCUCCGUCCUCCCUCGUUAUAGUUGAGUCAGCACCAAUUGGCAAUUGAGCACAACAAUGGCGAACCCCAGCCUUGGCGCUCUCACUUGGUGGAGGAAGUGGGCCAAGAAGCACUGGGCGAUCGCAGCCGUUGGAUUCUCCGUCGCUGUCUUCCUCUUCCCUUUAAUCUCCAACUCUUGGCGCGACGAUGACUCUAACGUCAACCAUCAAUUCGAUCGCAGCCACUCCAUCACCGCCGAUCUGGUCGACCUCACCUUGUUGCACAAUGCCAAGGACACAGGCGCCCUUUGUUUAGAUGGGAGUUCUCCAGGGUACCAUUUCCAGAAGGGUUUUGGAUCUGGAUCUAACAAUUGGGUGCUUCACAUUGAGGGUGGAGGUUGGUGCGAUACAAUAUCAUCGUGUUCUUUUCGCAGCUUAAAGCCAUUAGGUUCUUCCAAGUACAUGGAGCGUCAAGUUCCCUUUUCUGGGAUCUUGAGCUGUGAUCCGGCCCAAAACCCUGACUUCUUUAGCUGGAACAAAGUCAAGAUACGUUACUGUGAUGGCGCGUCUUUUGCCGGCCACCCCGAAAGUGAAAAUGGAACAGGACUUUUCUUCAGAGGGCAGCUCAUCUGGGAAGCAGUUAUGCAUGAACUCUUAUCACUUGGCUUGUCGAGUGCAAAACAGGCUCUUCUUUCAGGAUGCUCUGCUGGAGGGUUGGCUACUCUCAUACAUUGUGAUGAUUUUCGAAAAUUUCUGCCCAAGGAUGCCACUGUAAAGUGUCUUGCUGACGCAGGUUUUUUCCUUGAUGAGAAGGAUAUUCUUGGAAAUCAAGUUAUGGGAUCUUUCUAUCGUGAUGUUGUCCAACUUCAGGGUGUAGCAAAAAGUUUGCACAAGGAAUGUGCUGCGAGAAUGGAACCAUAUAAGUGUCUCUUCCCUCGAGAGAUUAUCAAAAACAUAAAGACUCCAGUGUUUCUUGUCAACCCAGCUUAUGACAUCUGGCAGAUACAAAAUAUCUUGAUACCAGAUGCAUCAGAUCCUCAUCACAGCUGGCAAAAUUGCAGACUAAGCAUUCAUAAAUGUAAUCCUAGUCAGAUUGCAACACUACAAGGUUUCCGCAGUUCUCUGCUCGAGGCACUGAGUGAAUUCCAGAAAAACAAGGAAGGGGGGAUGUUUAUAAAUUCUUGCUUUGUUCAUUGCCAGACAUGGAUGGCUAACACAUGGCAUUCACCCAAGUCUCCUAGAAUAAACAAUAAGACAAUUGCAGAGUCUGUCGGUGAUUGGUUCUUCAAUCGAAACAUAUUGAAGCAAAUUGACUGCCCUUAUCCAUGCGAUCGCACCUGCUACGAUCUGGAUUUCACUUGAGGGUAAUGGAGCUUUGUACUGUUUGAGUUUUUUCUUAUGGGUUAUUCUCAGCUCCAGAUCUCCUAAUUCUCAAAACACCUAGUUGGAAUUGUUUUUCUUUAUUCCAAAUCAUGAUCCUGUAUUUAGGCAGAUUAAGGCCAAUGGAAAUCCAUUGCAGUGUUUGGCAGUGAAUUCAGAAAAUAUAUCACAGUGAGUUCAAACUGUACUUCGUAGAACUCUGCUCUUGUUGAAUUCAGAAGUCGUAGAAUAUUUUCAAUUGCAUUCUUUAUGUUUCAUUUUGUUGCAGUCUCUUUAACUUGUGUUGGAGGGGAAACGAGAAGAAAGAAAAAAUUAGGCUUA